AUGGAGGAGUCGGAUAAUUCAUCACAUGAUGGGCUGCACAACAAUAAGAGUUCUGGAGAUGAAAGAGAGAGUAAGGAUGUGGACGAGAAGAAGUUUAGGGUGUUCAAUCCUGCAACAGAGAUGGAUGACCCAAAAUUUGAACUUGGGUUGCUAUUCAAGUAUAAAACUGACUUUAUCAAUGCUGCAAAAUCACAUGGAGUGAAGUACGGAAGGAAAAUCAGGACAACCUAUCAUGGCCUGGCAAAUGUGACAUAUUUGGCCAACAAAUACUUGGAGGACAUUAAACUCAACCCAGAUUUCAAUGUAGGUGAUUUUAUUAUAAAGAUCUACAUGGACUUGGGAGUUAGUAUCAUACCUAACAUGGGGUAUAAGGUAAAGACAAAAGCGAAACAGAUGAUACAUGGUGAUUUCGUGUCUCAGUAUAGCAAACUUUGGAGCUACUAUGAAGAACUUCAAAAGGCAAAUCCUAACUCUAAUGUGUUCAUGACUACAAUUGAGAAUAAUGAGGGUGAUGAUGAGCAGAAACCAAUUCUUGACAUGUUGGAGACCAUUAGGUUUUACUUAAUGGUUAGGAUGGAAAAAAAGAAGGAAUGGAUAAAGAAAUACACUGGGGAGAUAUGUCCUAAAAUUCUGAAAAGGUAUACUGUAGACCUUAUUAGUAGAUGUUGUAGUUGUAGAAAGUGGGAUCUAAAUGGCAAUCCUUGUGCGCAUGCCAUUGCUGCAAUUUGUGACACUGGAGAGGAAUCCAAGAAGUUUAUGCAUGAUUGCUACUCCAAAGAAACUUACAUGAGGGCAUAUGAACCCAUGAUAAGUCCAAUGAAUAUUGAACAAAUGUGGAAAAAUUCUGACAUGCCACCCGUGCUACCUCCUGAGAAUAUAAAGCUUCCUGGUAAACCACAAAAGGCUAGAAGAAGGGAGCCAGAUGAACCAGCAUAA